CUACUACUCUUCGAGCCUCGACGGUGAGCCCGGAGACUCAGUUGCCAUUUACCUGUUGCCGUGCACUGUCGGAUCGGGAUCGUCGAGGUGUGGAACGGACUUUCGUCUUGAGCAUUUACGGGCCGCAUUUUGUUGCGUGCCUGCCUACGUGUCUUUGUGUGUGUGUUGGUGUGUUUUUGUGAGUGCCGUGAGUCAGUGAGCGCAAAAAGAUAACACGGAGGCCAAGUUAAAGAGCCCAGAGUGAAAGAUCGGAGAACGCACACACCGAGACACGACCUGCAAUGAAAAUAAAGUAGAGAAAAGUGUGUGCGAUUUGUGAGUGAAUAACAAAAAAUUAAAAAUAAAAGAGAAGAGAAAUCAAGAGAAAAAAGGAUAGAGUCCGAAAAUAAAUGGGAAUUAAAUGAAGCUGAAAAAACUGCCAAAUAAACAAAGUGCUAUGCGAUGCAUAAAUGAGAACCCAAAGGGAGUUACGUGUAUAAUCAGCAAGACUACCCAGCCAUUUUAAAGGCGCAUAGCCGCAAGAAGCAUCCCGAAAGGACACAACCAUGUCGCACAAGACGAGCAGUCGGCGCAGUAGCGAUCUGGAGUGUCCUUUGGCGUCCUUGGGCCGGAACAGCAGCGCCGUCCGUGAUCACUACCAUCACCCGCAUCCGCUGAGCUCCAGCCCCUUGGAUCCGCAGGCCUACAAGAUGAUGUCCUCCCGCAAAUCGCCGAAUCCCAGCCUGGAAGUGUCUAAUCCACUGAACUCAGAUGACUGCGACCAGGGGGCCACAUCCUCGACAGCGGCGGCUGUUCUGCACAUGGUGCAACAGAAGGCUGCCACGUUUGAGUUGCGUGGACGCCAUUCUCGACCGGAUCAGGGUACCUUCGGAGCUCAUUCCACAGCCUCCGUAGGCCGCCAGGCGAAGAAGUCACCGGAAUUGCCUGCCCCUGCAACGAGAGGCGCGGCUCCUAUUCCGCAGCCGAGGAACUUUCUCACCCUAGAGCAUGUCCUACAAUUCGGAGCCCAGAGGCCGAGUUGGAUGCAUGGCAACAGUGCGGAUACGGAAGACUCCAGUGAUAAUAACGCAGGUGGCGGAACGGGCAGUGGGAGCGGAGGUGGAGGGGCUGGACGACGACGCCAAAAUGGUCGCUGCAGUGUUCCCACAGUACUGGGAAGCAAUGGGACAAGCAACAAUGGAGCGCAGUAUCUGCUGGACAAAAAGAUGGAGUCGCUGUACUUGGGGAAUGCCCUGAGAGCACUGCCAUUGGGUGCGGAGGCGAGUCAGUACCAAAACGAGCGAUAUUAUCUGGAGGAUUACAGCAGCGGCAGUGGAAAUGAGCGAUUGCCAGAACGCUUGCACCACCCGCGCACUUCCAGUCCCAGCGAAACAAGCGGCUCCGAUCGCUACCUGCUGAACCGCAGCACCAACUCCUCCGCCAAUGCCUUCCAGCUGGACCAUCAUCACACCAAAGGUCAGAGCCUAUCGGACGGCCUGUGCAAUCUGGGACGCUUUUCGCCCAGUCUGGACCAGGGCUAUGCCACUCUCGUUUCCCCCUCGCCCACGGGUCACCACUCGAGCGGAGCGGGCAAUAUCACCACCUCGACCACUGCCAGUGGAGGAGGAAUUAUGGCCAGCAGCACCCCAGCCACUACACCCCGCCGCGGAGUCUCUAGCAAUGGAGUGGGGGUCACAGGAGCUGGGACUGCGAUCGGACCGCCGCCCUGGAACCGCAAAGGUCCUUUCCGGUGUGGCCCGCUCUUUGACCGCCUGCCAGACGAGGCCGUCAUACGGAUCUUCUCCUGGCUGGAUAGUUGUGAGCUGUGUAACGUGGCGAGAGUCUGCCGGAGAUUCGAGAACUUGGCUUGGCGACCCGUCCUGUGGAAGGUGAUCUCCCUGAAGGGCGAACACCUGAAUGGUGACAAAACCCUGAAGAUGAUUUUCCGGCAAUUGUGCGGCCAGAGCUGCAACGGCGCAUGCCCAGAGGUGGAAAGAGUUAUGCUGGCCGAUGGGUGCCGAAUCUCUGAUAAAGGCCUGCAAUUGCUGACCCGCCGAUGCCCAGAACUUACUCAUCUGCAACUCCAAACAUGCGUAGGGGUGUCCAACCAAGCCCUGGUCGAGGCCCUCACCAAGUGCAGCAAUCUCCAGCACCUGGAUGUGACAGGUUGCAGCCAGGUUAGCAGUAUCAGUCCAAAUCCCCAUGUGGAACCACCGCGUCGUCUGCUUCUCCAGUACCUGGACCUCACCGACUGCAUGGCCAUCGACGACAUGGGCCUUAAGAUUGUGGUCAAGAACUGCCCCCAGCUGGUGUAUCUGUAUCUGAGACGCUGCAUACAAAUUACAGAUGCGGGUCUGAAAUUCGUGCCCAGUUUUUGCGUCUCAUUGAAGGAGCUGAGCGUAUCGGAUUGCCUGAACAUCACCGAUUUCGGCCUUUAUGAGUUAGCCAAGUUGGGAGCAGCAUUGCGAUACCUCUCCGUGGCCAAAUGCGAGCGAGUUUCGGAUGCUGGGCUCAAAGUCAUAGCCAGGAGGUGCUACAAGCUGAGGUAUCUGAAUGCCCGCGGAUGCGAAGCCGUCAGCGAUGACUCCAUAACUGUUCUGGCCCGGUCCUGCCCACGACUCCGAGCCUUGGACAUUGGCAAGUGCGAUGUGAGUGAUGCCGGACUGCGUGCUCUAGCCGAGAGCUGCCCGAAUCUGAAGAAACUGAGCCUGCGCAGCUGCGAUAUGAUCACGGAUCGGGGGGUGCAGUGCAUCGCAUACUAUUGCCGAGGACUCCAGCAACUGAACAUCCAGGACUGCCCGGUGUCGAUCGAAGGGUACCGCGCCGUUAAGAAGUACUGCAAGCGUUGCAUCAUCGAACACACAAAUCCGGGCUUCUGUUAAAAGAAUUCAGUUCCGAGACAACCCACAAAGCACAGAGGCAGGCCAUAUGAGCAGAUAUUGUUGUUGGUAACAACUAAUGCCACAAAAUAAUGAUAUUCUUUAGGGAUUCUUACAUGUCCGGCCUAAUAUAGGAAACUCCCUGUAAUUGUCAAGUGCCACGCAAAUGUUAGCCAUCCCAACCGGACACUACAGUUUUAGUUCAAAGGUCAUCCAAGUGAAAAUUAGGAACUGAAUGAGUUUCGAAUGACCCUCCAAUUCCUGAUAAGGAACGGAACCCCUUUAAAUAAAAACAGUUACCCAA